UGCAUGUAAUAAGGACUCAGUAUCUUUUUUCGAGACACCGAAGAGCCCCUGGUAGUAUUGUUUUGGCUGCGUCUCUGAAUUGAUACCACGCCCGGGAGACUGGAACUCGUUGUUUGUGAAGUGAAGUGGUGACGAGAUCUUCGAGGAUAUCGCUAGUGCUGCGCUUUCGAGCACCACCCGAAGUUUCCAAAAGAAGCAAUAGACUGAAAAGUACUAUACAGACCAACUGGGACGCGUCAAAAAAAGGCUAGCGGAUUGACGAAGCCUCGUGAAUGCACCGGGAGGUAUGGAUAAAUCAGACGAACCAGACGAUGAGACAGACGGCAAGUUCAAUGAUCCAGAGGAUGAGGAUCAAGGAUAUCCUCUGGGAUUCGCCGGAAUACACAUUUGCGCCAUGAAAUACACCUGGGGAAUCGUUCUGGGCUCCGAGCUCAGCGAGUUGGCUGCUAGAGAGAUUGUCUUCACCAGGGGACAGUCCCCUUCGCUCCUGGUCUACAAGGUUUACAAGGACCCAGAGAUUGAGACCCUCUAUGAACCCCUUCCUGAGAAGAGGAGCUACAGCACAAAGCGAAGAAAGUACGACCCCCCUUCAAAGCGACCGUGGAACGAAGAGCAAGAGCCCCCCAUGCACGCCAUACAAGUCAAUACACUGGACUCACGUGGGGAAGCGCCAGGUUAG